AUGAGUGCUGUAGCUUCCGUGCUCAUGAGACAGCUUAAUUCGGAGUUCCGAGGACCUGAUCAGGCGAACGGGAUUAUUCGAGCCAAGUUUUUGGACCGCAUUAAGCAAGCUUACGACAGGGACCCAAAAUUGGCAAGCUUGUUGAUAGACCCUGAAUUUGCGAAGGAGAUGGCAGAGACGCAAGAUGCAUGGAGGAAGGUUGUCUCUUUGGCAAUCGAAGUUGAGGUGAGCACCCCAGGUAUGAGCGCCAGUCUCGGUUACUUUGAUACGUACAGGCGAGCUCGGCUUCCAGCUAAUCUUGUCCAAGCUCAGCGCGACUACUUUGGUUUCCAUACUUACGAGCGUGUUGAUAUGAAGGACUCCUUCCACACGGAGUGGUACAAGAUUGCGAAGAAGCUGUUGGGCGGCAGGGCGGCUAUCGAGGGUGAGCUCAAAAUCGGCUCAAAAGAGCAGAAGCAUUAG